CGCGGAACCAGCAAGUUUCACGUGUAGUCUGAUCAAUACAUUAGUCGGGACGUCGACCAGCCGGCGCGGCAUGGCGUGUCACCCCAAACACAGCUGAUUCCACCACCCUCCGCCAGUGUAUUCACCCCUCGCAUCCACUCUUCAAGCCCUCGUGUACUUUCGAUCUCGGCAAAAUACGUACAAAAGGCAAAUCAAGAUUCCCUUUUUCAUUAAUUUGCGGAAAUCCUAAUUUUUGGGCAAAUUAAACGAUAUUCGUCAAUAUUUUCAUAUCACCUCAAAUCCAGUUGGCAUUGAGCCAAUGUCAAACUGUAAACAAUGCAAUUCAAUAGAACGUAUGUUAUACAAGAUAAGAUGUCGUAUAGAGCAAUAUCUCAGUCUUUGCCUUCUGAUAUACGCGAUGGUUACACUGAACAGCAACAACAACAGUAUACGAAAUAUUUAAAACAGUUACUAGGUGAAUUUCAAGGACGAUGGUGUAAGAAACCGCAAUCUUCGAUUAACUUUUGUGAUCUCGAUCACUUAAGAACUUUAGGUACUGGCGCAUUCGGAAGAGUUGUUCUAGUGCGACACUCAAACACAAAUAAAUAUUAUGCUAUGAAAGUGUUGGAAAAAGAAAAGGUAAUAAAAAUGAAACAGGUCGAUCACACUCUGUACGAAAAGCGCAUACUUGAAGCAAUUAGAUUUCCUUUUACUGUUUCAAUGGAGAAUUGUUUCAAAGACAACAGUUACAUUUAUUUCAUAAUGCCAUUUGUCCCAGGUGGUGAAAUGUUUACGCAUCUUAGAAAAAUGGGAAAAUUUGAAGAACCUCUUGCCAAAUUUUAUGCUUGUCAGGUUGUACUGGCAUUGGAGUAUCUGCAUUUUUGCAAUUUGGUCUAUCGCGACUUAAAGCCUGAAAACAUUUUGAUUGAUAAAACUGGUUAUUUAAAAAUAACUGAUUUCGGAUUUUGUAAAAUAUUACAAGGAAGAACGUGGACACUGUGCGGCACACCAGAAUAUCUCGCACCAGAAUUGAUUCUAAGUAAAGGUUAUGGAUUUUCCGUUGAUUGGUGGUCGUUUGGAGUUCUGUUGUUUGAAAUGAGUGCUGGUUAUCCUCCAUUUUAUGCAAGUGAGCCAAUGAAGACGUAUGAAAGAAUUGUAGCUGGAAAAUAUAGAUGUCCAUCAGGUUUCAAUACAGAUUUACGUGAUCUCAUUCGAAACACUUUACAAGUUGACAUAAGUAAACGAUUUGGGGUGAUGAAAAAUGGAGUGAUGGAUUUUAAAAAUCAUAAAUGGUUUAGGGGAAUUGAAUGGGAAGCAAUUUUAAAUUGUCGAUGGCCAGCUCCAUUCGUGCCUAAGUGUAAGCAUUCAGGAGAUUCAACGAACUUUGACCAUUGCGAUGAGGAGCCAUUACAGCCGGCUUCAUAUUGUCGCUUUGAAUCGGAGUUUAUAGAUUUUUAAUUAGGAUAGCAUUUUGUCAUUCAACAGUUUAAAAUAUAUAAAAUAAAAUUUAUGAUUACCUAUUCGUUUUUCUGCCGUAAAUUCUAAUGUUCCAACAAUUCUUCUUUUAGCUUAUUUAUAUAACAGUCAUUGUUUAU